CAGGGUGCGGCAAGAGUGAGGGAGAGGGAGAGAGUGAGGGAGAGGUGGAGUGACAUCACUGUGAAACUUCACUCUUGAGUCUACGCUGAGUGUGACUUUGCAGGUCCCGCGUUGAAGUUCAGAAGUAAAUGACAACAAUGGCCACCAGGGGGAGUGUGAAGCCCUUUGCCAAUUUCAAUGCCAAUGGUGAUGCCGAGGUCCUCUUCAAGGCAAUGAAAGGGCUGGGGACUGAUGAAGAUGCCAUCCUUCAGCUCCUAACAGCACGCAGUAACAGUCAGCGCCAGCAGAUUAAAGCUGCCUACAAGACCCUGCAUGGAAAGGACCUGGUUGAUGAUUUAAAAUCUGAACUUGGAGGGAAGUUUGAAACGGUUAUAAUUAGCCUAAUGACGCCUCCCCUUUGCUAUGAUGUAACUGAACUGAGGAAUGCAAUCAAGGGUGCUGGAACAAAUGAGAAGGUGCUGACUGAGAUCUUGGCCUCCAGGACAGCUGCACAGGUCAAGGAGAUCAUCGAUAUGUACAAAAAGGAGUAUGACUGCAGCCUGGAAGAUGACAUCACUGGUGACUGCUCAGGAUACUUUCAAAGGAUGCUGGUGAUUCUUCUGCAGGCCAGUAGGCAGCACGGAGUUGAUGAAGGCAGCGUUAAAACUGAUGCAGAGGCCCUGUUUGCUGCUGGAGAACAGAAGUUUGGCACAGAUGAGGACAGAUUCAUCAGCAUCCUUGGAAACCGAAGCACAGUCCAUCUGAAGAGAGUUUUUGAUGAGUACAAGAAGCUGUCCGGGUACGAGAUCGAGGAGAGCAUUCAAAGGGAGACUUCUGGGAGUCUGCAAGAGGUGCUCCUGGCUGUGGUGAAAUGCACUAGGAGGGUUCCCGCCUACUUUGCAGAAUCCCUCUACUAUGCAAUGAAGGGUGCUGGCACUGAUGAUCAAACUCUGGUACGGAUCAUGGUGACCCGCAGUGAGGUGGACAUGCUGGACAUCAGAGCUGAGUUCAGGAAGAUGUUUGCAACCUCUCUGUACUCUAUGAUUAAGAAUGACACUUCUGGUGACUACAGGAAGACCCUCCUCCUGCUCUGUGGAGGGGAUGAUGAGUGGAUAGGCCUGUUUCCUUGUCAUCUGAAAUUUCCUGGUUUGAAUCUCAGCUCCUGCUGUAGUACGCUUGAUCAAGGUCUCGUUGAAGUACUGUACCAUCCUGCGCUUGAAACAAUGGCCUACAGGGGGACUGUGAAACCAUAUAGCAAUUUUGAUGCCAAAAAAGAUGCCGAGGUCCUGUACAAGGCAAUGAAAGGCCUGGGAACUGAUGAAAAAACCAUCCUUGAGCUCGUAACAGCACGCUGCAAUGCUCAGCGACAGUACAUUAAAGCUGCUUACAAGACCCUGUACGGGAAGGACCUGGUUCAUGAUUUAAAAUCUGAACUGGGAGGACAGUUUGAAACCGUUAUAAUCAGCUUAAUGGAAACUCCUCUUUCCUAUGACGUGACUGAACUGAGGAAGGCAAUCAAGGGUAUAGGGACAAGCGAAAAUGUGCUGAUCGAGAUCUUGGCCUCCAGGACACCCAGCCAGGUCGUGGAGAUGAACAACGCUUACAAACAGGCAUAUGACUGCAGCCUGGAACAUAGCAUCACUGGUGACUGCUCAGGAUGCUUCCAAAGGAUGCUGGUGGUUCUUCUGCAGGCCAGCAGGCAGCAAGGAGUUGAUGAAGGCAAGAUUAAAAGUGAUGCUGAGGCCCUGUUUGCUGCCGGAGAGAAGAAGUUUGGCACGGACGAGGACCAGUUCAUCACGAUCCUCGGAAACCGAAGUGCCGAUCACCUGAGGAGAGUUUUUGACGAGUACAAGAAGCUGUCGGGAUUUGAGAUUGAGGAGAGCAUCAAGAGGGAGACCUCAGGCAGUCUGAGGGAUUUAUUCCUGGCUGUGGUGAAAUGUGCAAGAAGUGUCCCAGCCUACUUUGCAGAAUGCCUCUACAAGGCAAUGAAGGGCAUCGGCACAGAUGAGCACACGCUCUGCCGCAUCAUGGUGAGCCGCAGCGAGGUGGACAUGCUGGACAUCAGAACUGAGUUCCGGAAGAUGUUCGCAACCUCUCUGUACUCUAUGAUUAAGAGCGAAACCUCUGGUGACUGUAGGAAGACCCUGCUUCUGCUCUGUGGAGGGGAUGAUGCCUAAUGGUGCUGGAUGAGAGUGAAAGAUGAAGAUGCUGAAACAGAGGACAUCAGUACCGUUGGUACUUGCUGCUUUCUGACAGCCUCAUCGUCUAUAUGCUUCUUUGAGAUUUGUUUUUCCUACUUCUGUCAAUGCAGUGUGUUUGUUUUGUAACCAUUGUUUUGCCUGUUGAAGCCCCUAAAUGUUGCUUUAUGAUUUAAAAAACAUUGCUCUUUAUGUUCACCCUACACCUGUGAUCAUACCUUCCUUCUCCCAAAAGACCUAUGAUGUUUCAAUUUUGUGUUUUAAUGUAAAUCAGCAUUUUUUACAUUUUAUCUGAAUCUUGCAUUUUUUGUCAGUACAACAGCAAAGGUUUUUCACACCAUCUGAAGUGGGAAAAUUGUGAAGUGAGUCAUGAAACUGGAAUCUAUAAAUUAUAGAUCCAUCGUUUGUCAUAAUGAACUGUCAGCCCAAGGAGCAGCUUAUUUCCUCAAAAUAAAUAAGGAUAGCCGUCCCGUACACUGAAAAUCUGAAAGACAUAAUAAAAAAAAAAAAAAUCC